AUUUAUUUCUGUUGGUACUUCUCUAAAAAAGCUGUUUGCUCAGUUCAUAGGUUGGUGACCUUCAUCUUUGUCUAUGAAGAUCUGAUAUCCUUGGCGUGCAGCGCCGUUAUCAUCUGGUACUUUGCAGGCAGCUUUGAGAAGAACGUGGGCACAGUGAAGCAUUGCUUCCUCACUGUUGCUUUUGCCAUUUCUUCUGCCCUGCUGUUUCUCAGCCUUGAGGCCGUCUUUUCUCAGCUUUCAGGGGUUGAAGAUGCCAAAGGAUUUAUUCCAGUUGCUUUUGCCAUGUUUGGUGUUUCUACAACUCGGUCACGGAUGAGAAGAGCGCUUCUCUUUGGGUUUAAUGUGCCCAUUGUGCUGGUGCCGUGGAUUAUGCUCUGUAUGACCUGGUUUAUUCCUCACUCCUCUCUUCUGGGUAACACAUGUGGCCUUUUAGUUGGGGUAGCCUAUGGUUUUGGCUACUGCUUCUGCUUGGAUCUCCCAGAGUCGGCUGUAACCAGGCUAGAUCAGAAGUUUCCUUUCUGCCUGCUGAAGAGAAUACCAGGACUGAAAUACAUUCCAGGAUCUUUGGCAGAGAGAAGAGCUUCCCAAAGCAAAAAGAUUAAUCCAGUGCCGGGCUCAUACCCCACUCAGAGCUACUACUGCCCUUCACCUCCAGCACUUCCUACUAUGCAGAUACAGCACCCUAAUGCCCAGAGCCUGGAAUCCUGGCAUAGCUACACACCAGGUUACAUCCACGCUCCUGCCCCAUACCAAACCAGCACUGCCUUUGGAGAAUUUUACAUACAGAACCACUUUGGUGCCUCAUCUGGACAUGGCUGCCUACCACCUGAUUCUGCUUCCCUCCAACAUAAAGGGCUGCCUUACUCUCAGAUGUCUGUAGGGCUGGAGAACUUGGAAGCAAAGCUUCAGCAAGCACCAGGGUUGCCAGCAGGAGCAGCUACUUCACUGGAGCUGUCAGAAAUCCAAAUAUCCUGAUGGUCCACUGAGACAAGGGUGGAAAAUAGCCUGCAGCAUAGCACUACUAAGACAUGAGACUGCUUCUAAGAACUUUUAUUUUAACUGGAUUGACUGUGGUCAAAGCAACUAAUCAGUGGUGCCCCCUGACUUGCUGGUCUCAGUGGAGCCCACUUAUGGGCUUUUAACCCUCAUCAAGUUUUCUUUUAUUUAUAUUCCUUUUUUCUUUUUGAUAUUUGUUGGGAGCUGUAUUUGUUGCAUCUGUGUAUCUCAUAUGGUCAGCUCCCUUGCUACUGGUUAUAAAUCUCCCCUAUCUAGGCUAGGAGUGGGUCCUGGUUACAGUAUACCUGUCCCUUGACUUAGUUCAGCUAUAGGAAAGAGUUGUCUGUCAAAACACUGGAUUUUAAUUGGAUUACAAGGACUAGCACAGGUCCAGUUUUGGUUGCAUCCCUCCACUCUGUCAGAAUGUUAUGAGGGGCCUCAUCUUGGUUUCAGGUUUAGCACAGACAGGGCCCAACUGAUCCAAGAUUACUCUUGGGUUGGGGAUAACCUGCCUGUUCUGUAAUAGGCCCUGACUUAACUGCAAUGUUAAAUGAAUGGAGAAAGAUGGAUCUGUGCAUAAGGUUUAUUUUCCAAUACGGAUGUGCCUAAGAACAAGCUUAGUGUGAAGUGAGGUGAAGUAUUUAGGGUGAAGUAGAUGGCUGGCUGCAUUCCCUGUUACCCCAAGGGACUCAGCAGCAAUGUGCUGCUGAGUCCCUUAUUGGCACUGGCCAUGCAGACUGCAUUCCCUUCACAGACAUGUUGCCUUGCCUUGACCUCCACAAUAGACACCUGCAGUAACGUGGCAUGUGGCCCACAGUGCCAGCUGUGCCUUCAAGACCUCUAAAGGGGCUAGAGAAUGUUGUUGAAGGGAUUUGUGACUCCUCUGGAGACUUAAGCUACUACAUACAAA